AUGACACUGCCCGUAACAAAUGCCUUCGCGGGAGCCAAGAUUCCCGAGUGGGGAGCUGCUGAGACCUUUGAGCCUACGAAAUUUUUAGAAGCGAAACCUGAUGCUUCCUACGAUGGAUCAUUCACUGAGCUUACGCCGAAAAUGCCAGUGUGCGUCGACUACUGCGAGCCAGCAAGUGCUCUCAGCACUGCCAUUGUCCAACAAAAGGGUUCACACGAAGGUGGACUAUGGAAGUCCACACGAAGGGACUAUGGAAACGAUAUGAUCGUCUUCUUUCCGAAAAUUGGGUGCUCCUUGCUCAUACAUGUUGGGCAUUGGUGCUGUCAACGUGAUCAUAACAGUCUACCGGAUUCGUCAUGCCAUCAGGGAGGAUCGAGGGAGACACAACAGAUGAUUGGAUUAAAUGAGUAUUUUCUUCAACUUGAUGAUCGUUUCUCAAUCCCAUGUGAGCCGUCCUCAAGACAGAUCGACAUUGGAAGCCGAUGGACAAUGAUGACGAGCGAGGUCAUUUCGUACGAUCGGGUCAAGGUUUCAAAACAGGCCGAACUUCUGCCCAAGAAAGGACGACUACUAUGCUUUGUGAUUACUACACCUAAGUAUCACUACACCAGGGUACCAGCGAUUCACGAGACAUGGUUACCACGAUGUGAUCAUGGUCAGUUCUUCACUACUGUCGAAUUGGGACAGGAAAUUCCGCACAGCACCGUUCUAAUGGACGUGCCUGACGACUAUCGGUACCUGUUCCAGAAAACACUAGUCGCUCUGCACUACGCGUAUACGAAUAUUUCUGACCAAUUCGACUGGUAUUAUAAGGCUGACGAUGACACAUAUGUAAUUAUGGAGCAUAUGUACGAGUAUCUUGCUACACUCGACCCUGAAGAGCCUUACUACCUUGGAUACAACAUGAGACCUUAUUUG